GCCAAUGAAUUUUUUAUUUUUUUUUUUUUUUUGGUUAUUUGAUGGUUGAUUGUAUCUUUUUAGGAAAAUUAAAUAGUCACAUAAGAACCGAUGCUUAUUUGGCCGACUUGAAUGUUAAUUUAUUUUUGUCGAUCAAACCAGAACGUCAAAUACUAUUUAUUUCCUUUUCCUUCUAGUAAAUGUGGGAGAGACACCGAAGGACAACAGCAACGUGCCAGAGGAAACCCAUAUCAUUUGCUGAUGGAGCGGCGCACAUGAUUCUUUCUCUUUUUAGAUAUUUUUUUGGUCUUCUCCAUCUUUAAGAACUUUGCAUAUUUCUGAUUUUCUCUAAUCCAAACUGAGUGGAGCCGAAAAGAAAGAGAUCUGAAUGGGGAAGCAAGCUAUAAGCAAGGUCUGCGUUACUGGAGGUGCAGGAUAUUUAGGUUCUUGGCUUGUUAAGAAGCUCUUAGAAAAAGGCUACACCGUCCAUGCAACGCUACGAAACUUGGAGGACAAAGAGAAAGUAGGCCUUUUAAAGUCACUCCCUGGUGCAGACACCAAACUAGUGUUAUUUAAAGCUGAUAUGUACAAUCCCAAUGAGUUUAAACAAGCAAUUCAAGGAUGUGAAUUUGUCUUUCACGUGGCUACUCCACAGCAAACUGGCAGUGACAGCACUCAAAGCUCGCAGGAAAUCGUUGAAGCAGCAAUUUCAGCAGUGAGGAGCAUCGCUGAGUUCUGCAUCCAAUCACAAAGCGUUAAACGGCUUAUCUACACAGCUUCUGUGAUGGCAUCCUCACCACUAACAAAAGAUGGAUUUAACAUCCAAUCUUGUGUAAAUGAAUCGUACUGGACUCCUAUUAAUGUCACAUUAACCCACGGCCUUGAAUUUAUGCGGGCAUAUACUAUAUCAAAAACCCUAGCGGAGAAAGAGGCAUUGAGUUAUAACGACAAUCCUGAUGGCAAGUUAGAGGUUGUAACUCUUCCCUGUGGCCUAGUGGGAGGAGAGACACUACUCUCUUUUGUUCCUUUAAGCGUGGAAGUGAUGUUUUCGCAGCUUAUUGGCAAAUUACCUACUUUCAAGGGAUUAGAACUUCUGGAAGAACUUUUGGGAUCCAUUCCUAUACUACACAUCGAAGAUGUUUGCGAUGCACAUAUCUUUUGCAUGGAGAAACCAUCCAUAAGAGGCAGAUUCAUUUGUGCAGCAGCUAAUCCAACCAUCAGAGAAAUCGCAACGUAUUUUCGACAAAAUUAUCCACAAUUCCAGAUAACAGAAGAGUUCAUGGGGGAAGAAAAGAAAGGCAUUGCAUGUGAUUCCAGCAAAUUGGUGAAGAUGGGUUUUGAGUACAAACACGACAUGAAGAAAAUAUUAGAUGAUAGUGUAAUAUGUGGAAGGCGAUUGGGAGCUAUCUUUCUCAAUUAGUCUUGAAUUUAUGAUCAAGCCAAAUCACUUGGAUUUUGGCAACAGAUUAAGUGGUUGCUUAUAAUUUCAUGUCAGUUUUCACUACUCACUAGCUUGCCUAUUAAGUUUCAAGUAAUUAAUCAGUGGGUUAUGGCUGUGCAUUGCCUUUGCCAGGAACUACAUAUUUGAAAUAUUUGAUGAAAAAACUUUUGAAAUAAAAUUGUCUAGGUUAUUUCAUGUGCAAUUUGAUCCUUUGGCUCCUCAAGGGAAUUGUCAAAGUGAAAAUGGAGCAAUUCCUGUAAUUAAGGAUACAUAGAGACGUUA